AUGGCACCGCAACUUGAACCUUUCUUCAAGCAGGUCGACGAUUUGUCGGGCUCUUUCAUUGACCGUCUACGAAAGGCUGUCGCUAUCCCAUCUAUUUCCGCACAGGAUGAGAAUAGAAAGGAUGUCUUCAAGAUGGCCCAGUUUCUUGCUUCCGAGCUUGAGAACUUGGGUGCCGAAGUGGAACAGAGACCGUUAGGUAAACAACCUGGAAAAGAGCACCUAGAUCUUCCCCCGGUUGUGCUUGCUCGUUAUGGUAAUGACAAGAGCAAGCGAACCAUCCUGGUCUAUGGGCACUAUGACGUGCAGCCGGCUUUGAAAGAAGAUGGCUGGGCGACAGAGCCUUUCGAGUUGACCGUCGAUGAUCAGGGAAGAAUGUACGGGCGCGGAAGCACGGACGAUAAAGGUCCCGUCCUCGGCUGGCUGAAUGUUAUUGAAGCUCAUAAAAGGGCUGGUGUUGAGUUCCCGGUCAAUCUGCUCUGUUGCUUUGAGGGGAUGGAGGAGUAUGGCUCAGAAGGUUUGGAAGAGUUCAUUCAAACCGAGGGCAAGGAAUUUUUCAAAGAUGCAGAUGCCGUUUGCAUCUCGGACAACUAUUGGCUUGGGACCGAAAAGCCUUGCUUGACCUACGGGCUCCGAGGCUGCAACUACUACUCCGUGAGCAUUUCGGGCCCUGGUCAGGACUUGCAUAGCGGGGUCUUUGGUGGCACAGCCCACGAGCCGAUGACUGAUCUGGUUCAUGUGCUUUCUAAACUUGUCGAUUCGCAGGGAAAUAUCCUGAUCCCUGGAAUCAUGGACCUUGUUGAGCCCCUUACGGAGGAAGAAAAAUCCCUAUACCCUGGCAUCAACUACACUAUGGAUAAUCUUCACGAGUCACUGGGCAGCGAGACAAGCAUUCAUUCCACCAAGGAGAGAACUCUCAUGGCAAGAUGGAGGUACCCGUCUCUUUCUCUCCAUGGCAUUGAGGGCGCAUACUCUGCUCCUGGCGCGAAGACAGUAAUUCCAGCUAAGGUCAUCGGCAAGUUCUCAAUCCGAACUGUGCCGAAUAUGGAAAGUGAGGACGUGAACAAACUCGUCUUCGACUAUGUCAAGGCAGAGUUCGCCAAAUUGAACAGCAAGAACACAUUGAACGUGUGGCUCCAGCAUGAUGGAAAGUGGUGGGUUGCCAGUCCGAAGCAUUGGAACUUCUCAGCUGCAAGCAAAGCCGUGAAACAGGUUUUUGGUGUUGAGCCGGAUAUGACCCGUGAGGGUGGCAGUAUCCCUGUCACACUAAGCUUCGAGCAAGCUACAGGCAAGAAUGUCCUCCUCCUACCUAUGGGAAGCUCGACUGAUGCUGCUCAUUCGAUCAACGAGAAGCUCGAUAAGAGGAAUUAUAUUGAAGGAAUCAAGUUGCUGGGAGCGUAUUUGCAUUACGUUGCGGAGGAGCCUAUGGACAUCUGA